AUGCGAACGCCCCGCGCGCGCGAGGCGACCGCGCAGGCGUCGAUCGCGGCGCCGGUGGCGGUGUCGUCGCUGUGUAAUCGAGCGCGCGACGUCGCGUCGCUCGCGUUCGUCGGGGCGACGAAGGAUGUCGGCGCCUUGGCGGGCGCCGCGUUGGCGAGCACGUUUGCAAACGUGACGGGAAACGCGGUCGUCGUCGGACUCUCGAGCGCGACGGUGACGCUGUGUGGACAGGCGUACGGGGCCGGCGCGCACGGGGGGGUGGGUGGGACGGCGCAGCGGGGGGCGGUGGCGAUUUUGAUGGCGUGCGCGCUCGCGGGCGGCGCGGCGUGGCCGCGCGCGGCGGCGUGCGCGCGGGCGAUGGGACAGGACGGAGAAGUCGCGGAGAAGGCUCGAGCGUACAUCGGAGGACUCAUCCCAGGGCUGUUCGCGUACGGGCUGAACGCCACGGUGCAGGGGUACUUGCAGGCGAUCGGGACGACGCGGCCGCAGGCGUACGCGGGCGUCUUGGCCACGUUGGCGCACCCGCUGUGGUGCGUAAUCUUUUCGAAACUCGGGUUCGGAUUCGUCGGACCGGCGUACGCGACGAGCGUGAGCACGUCCAUCGUGCUCGCGUUGAACGUGGCGUACAUCGCGGCGCGGCGUAGGGUUGGAUGGUUUAGGGAGCGCGACGAGCAAACCGCGUUGCGCCGCGACGCGUGCUGGAGCGGUUUCAGCGCAAAGGAAAUGUUCGAUGUCGACGGUCUCGUAAAGUUUUUUCGGUUAGGAAUACCGGGGGUGUUGUUAAUGGCGGAGUGGUGGGCGAGCGAGUUCUUAAUCGUCAUGGCAGGUUUGCUUCCGGAUCCGAAGGUUGCCGUGAGCGCGAUGUCCAUUUACCAAGUUACGAACGCAUUCGCGUUCAUGAUCGCCGUGGGAUUCGGCGUGAGCACCGCCACGCGCGUAUCGCACGAAGUGGGUGCUGGGAACGCACCCGGCGCUCGACUCGCCGCGUCGGUCGCGAUGUGGUUGAUCUUCGUCGUCGAAUUUGCCGUCGCGCUCGUGGUGGUCGCGGCGCGCGAUAGGUGGCCGAGCGUUUUCACGUCGGAUGGAGAUGUCAAAGCGUUAGUCUCCAAGCUCAUGAUUCCGCUUUCGUUUUAUGUUUUCUUCGAUGGCGUGUGUUGCGUCUCGACGAGCGUCCUUAGAGGCGCGGCGAGACAGGCACAAGCGGCGCCCAUCGUGUUGGUGUGUUACUACCUCAUCGGCCUCCCGCUCUCGGCGUACUUCGCCUUUGCCAAGUCCUCUCCGUUCGCGUCUCAUCGUGCCGUUGGUCUCGCCGUCGGCGGCGUGGUCGGCACCGCUUCGCACGCGGGUGUGAUGACCCUGGUCGCCCUCCGCUUGGACUGGCAAAAGGAGCUCGAUCGAGCCACAGCCUUGCGCGCCGGUAAAUCCGCCGACGCCACCGAAGUGGCCUAUCGCCCACUCGUCGACGAAGAAAUCGAAUCUUCCGACGACGAUAUAGCGCACGAUCUCGCAGACUCCACGCAGGAGCUGUAA